CGUGCUGACUCGUUUUCAGAACCGCGACUGAAUCGGUUACAGGCGUAUCGUAGCUGCUGGUCGAGCGCGUUUCAUUACGCACUCCUCCAAACCUCCGCCACCCUCCCCCACUAGAAACGUUGUGCUCUACGCCGUUGUGUGGGUACGUGCUGCUGGAAAGUGGGGUGAAACAGAAAGGGGGGGAAGGGCCUCCAGUUACUACUAGGACUUGCAGUGUAAUUUGAUCAUUUCGGGGAUCAGAGAGAGAGAGUGAGCGAGCGAGCGAGCGCUGGUGCUGGGAACGAGUUUGCUGCUGUUUGCGAGUGUGUGCAUGGGUGUGUGAGCGUUCGCGCGCGUGUUUGUGGAUAACCGAAAGCGGAAGCGGAAGCGAGAGAGCGACCGAGCGCGUGAAGUUUGGUGGCGAGCGAGAGAGCGAGAGCGGUGCAUCGAGAAAGAAGAAGCAGUAGAGGGAGAGAGGAAAAAACAAGUGCUCGUCGUGUACCUUGUGCGGUGCUCGAAGGAUCAAAGAUCGAUUGCCUGCCUGGCCCAGUAAUACGGGCGUGUGUGUGGUCGUGUGGCCGUGUGUGAGAGAGUGUGUGUGUGAGUGUUUGUGAAGAAAACCAGCACAGGUGCGAUCGUCGCGCGCGCGUUCGACAGGACUGAACGGACCACUGCCAAUUCAGAGUCAGCACAGCAUUAGACAGAGUCAGCAGCAGCAGCAGCCAUGGCCGACAAAAAGGUAGCGGAACAGUACUAUGCCCCGCCGCCCAAGCUGGGCAAAUGGGAAGGAUUUAGGACGUUCCUGUGGAACAGCGAAACCAGCCAAUGCCUUGGCCGCACCGGAUCGAGCUGGGCGAAAAUCCUCUUCUUCUACGUGUGCUUUUAUGCUGCCCUGGUCGGAUUCUUUGCCGCGAUGCUGGCCGUGUUCUGGCAGACGCUCGACAUGCAUAUGCCUAAAUAUCAGCUUGACAGUUCGCUGAUUGGAUCGAAUCCAGGUCUGGGCUUUCGACCAACACCGCCAGAGUACCAGAACGUGGAGAGCUCGUUAAUCUGGUACAAAGCUUCCGACAAUGGAAACGUUGGGAUCUGGACCAAACUAAUCGAUGAGUUUCUGGAGCCUUACACGGUAGAGGAAGACAACCGCGUCGAUUGCUCGUUCGACAAUCCGCCGCCGGAGGGCAAGGUUUGCAAAGUUCCUAUGACUAACUGGUCUCCGUGCGUCAAGGAAAAUCAAUACAACUUUAAGAAGAAGAGCCCGUGCAUAUUCUUGAAGCUGAACAAGAUCUACAACUGGGUCCCAGAUAUGUACAAUACCUCGACCAACUUGCCGGAGAAAAUGCCCGACGAUCUGAAGGAGCACAUCCGCGGAGAGGAAGCCCGAGGAAACAAGAACACCAACGUGGUUUGGGUUUCCUGCUCCGGUGAAAACCCUGCCGAUAAUGAGCACAUCGGUGCCAUUCAGUACAUCCCGCGUCGUGGAUUCCCUGGAUACUUCUUCCCGUACAAGAACGUUGAUGGAUAUCUGCCACCAGUAGUAGCAGUCUACUUCGAAAAACCAAAGACUGGCGUGCUCAUCAACAUCGAAUGCAAAGCCUGGGCCCGCAACAUCAUGUACGAUCGGGCUGAGCGAAGAGGGUCCGUUCACUUCGAGCUGAUGAUCGAUUAAAUCGGUGGCUCGUACGCACCACUUUAAAGCAGCGAACCAGGGGCCAUCCCGGCUCCACUUCGCACAUUUCGCCAGGCGCACGUGUUAUCAUCGUUUUUUUGUAGGAGGGAGACGAGCGGGAAAAGGAAGAGAGCAAGCUGCACCGAAGUCCGAUCGGUCGGUGGCAGCAGCAGCAGUGUAGUAAGGGCAGCAGGCACAAAAGCAGGCCUAGAAGUAUCGAAUGAGUUUACGCUAGCGUUAGGACAACCGCAGAACAAGCAGCCAGAAGCAGCAGCAGCAGCAACAGCAGCAAAAUGUAGUGCGCAAAAAACAUUUGUUGAUCGGAGAUCGGAGAUUGUCGACGUUGAAAUAUUGAGUCAAACAAAACAAACCAAACAAAAAGGCAAGCAUACACACGAGAAUCCCAACUACGAGAACGUGCGAAAAACAUCCAUUAAAAUCAACGCGUUACGAGAAACGGGAAGGGAGUCAACAUAUGCGCGCGCGAAAUCAAGGGCAUAUAUUAAAAGAAAAAAAACAACCAAAAAACCACAUUGUAGUAGGCGACGAUGCGUGCGUGCGUGCGUGCGUGACGGCGUAAUCGUUUUUGGAUCAUUUGGGCUAGGCAUUUUAUACUUUUCACCUGUAACUUCAGCUACUAUCGGUUGGUGAAGAUUGUUGUAUGAUUUUGUUAUUGCAAUAGUAUACAUAAUACCCACGUUAAAGCAAAGAAAAAGGAAGAAAGAAAAGAAAAUGAAAACAAACUAAUAAUAAUAAAAAAAAAACAAGUAAAAGAUUUAAGACCAUCGUAAUAACUGUAGGUAAGUUGUACAGCUAAUUGCAGAAGAAGAAGAAGAAAAGGGGGAGAAGAAACAAAAAUUAAACAAAACCCAGAGGCAUUCCGCUCUCUGCUUCAGUAAGUCAGUAAGUAAAAAAAAGGGAGGCAGCAAAGCAAGAACGAACAAAGCAAGAGUUUGACGGGGGGAAAAACCAUUAAAAAAAACAACAACAACAAACCAACAAAACAAAUAAGAAACCGGCGACACCGAUAUUCACGCGGUUUAUUAGUAAGGCGAGAGCGAAUGUGUUCUAUUUAGGUGCAGCAUGCUAGAAUUAUAGUUGACACAACACAACACAACUUUCCGUAAUAUAACUCCACCUUACACACACACCCACUCUUAAGCAGCAUAGCAGCAUGAUCUCUCGCAGUAAAAGAAGAUUAAAAAAAGAAGAAGAAUGGAACAUCGUACUAGACGAAAGUAGCCAGCAGCAGCAGCAGUAAAACAUGCAUCAACAUGAGGGUGACACUACCGAAUACGCAUGAUAUACCCGGUCAUUUGGGGGCAGUCAUCAUAGGGCGGGUCAGCAUAGUCAGCAUAAUGGUCCCUUUGGCCCCACGCCGGUCGCUGUUGGGGGAAACCCCAGCAUUCACUGUCGAUUCGCUUCUCGAGCUCUCCUUACUCUCCCCCUCCCCUCCGGAAAAUAUAGUCUGCAAAUUGUAGAUCUAGUUGAAGUAUUUGCGUCAAAGCGUCGCCGUACAUCAGCAAAGCAAACAAACAAAAACAGGCAAGGCCAGCAUUCAACCAUUGGAGCAAUGUAGUUUGUAUCACAUGCUAAACUUUCUUCUCGUGCCGUACACUUACACAUACACCCACACACACACACCAACACAUUCACAGAUACACUCAACACAAGAUAAAUGCAUAACGAGGCUGGCCGGAAAGGGUUGAAAGGGGGAAAAGAAGUUUUCGCACCACCCUGUACGAUGUACUAGGCAGCCGCUGAUGAAAUAUGAAAUAAAGGAAGAAAAGCCGAAAAAUACACUCACAACAAAAAAACACCGAACGAAGAAGUAUGAUUUCCUUUACCCCCUUGAUGGCAGAUGGCGUUUGUGCGGUACUGUCAAAGUCUAGUAGCUGCGUAUGCGCAACCAAGGACAGCGUAGCGUGGUGUAGUAAGUAGCCUAAACGAGAAGUGUCGUUGGUUAGUGUCAGUGUGCAUCAGUUGUGCACCAGUCACGCAUUGCUUUGCUACGUUGGGCAUGAAAGACGUGGUCGCUAAGCAUUCUGCUUCUGCUCAAAUGGGCAACUGGUGGCAACAAGCUGUAAUGGUAAACUUGCCUGUUUUGCUAGUGCAUCAUGUGUGUAGCGCUACUGAGGUGGUCUACUUAGUACACCGAGCGAACGUAACUAAACAGCAUGAAGGGCCUCUUUCUAUUCUUAUCACUCACUGCCCACUGAAUAAGUUAAAACAAAACAAAAACUGCAGAGAAAACAAAAUAAUAGCGUGGAAAAAAAAUAGAAAAAUACAAUGAAUCGAACAACCGAUCUGAAGUGCAUGUGGAAAACGCAUGCAAACACAUGCAGCCACGAAAACGACACGGAAAUGCAUGUCAAACACAACACACAAUCGCUCGAGAAGCGCGAGAUAUUAGCAAACCAAAAAUAACAUAACGAACAAUGUUACAGAAAUAAAAGUAAAUAACUAUAGUCGACAGUAAAACCAAACGAGCCAAUGUCUUCAGUGAAUUUAUUGUUGCAAAUGCGUAUAACAACACAACACAAAAAAGAAGUAACUCAAACCACACUGAUACAGGACAGAAGUUGAAAACAGAAGUUGUUAAAAGAGCUGAACACUCGAGUUGGAAGUUGAAAACAUUCUAUGAACUGUUGAGCCGUUGCCAUUGGAAACUAAACAUCGUUGGCAGGUGUUUAUCUUCGCUGAUCGAAUUCGCGCGCCUACUGCUAGACGAAUUUAAAUGAUUCUUGCACUUUGCUAGAGAAGUCAAGCCCUGCUCCCAGCGGGGGAAAGGAAGACAGUAGAAUACGCAUAAUGAAAACACAAAUGUCCUGCACACCAUCGCUGUUCAAACCUUGAUCUUGAUAAUCUUAACCUAACCCAUACUGUGUAAACACCGUGUCUCGUAGCUUGCAGCCACCACGCGCAGAUAUAAGUGUGAGCAUGUGUUUUUUCGCAUUGUUUGUCAAGCUUAAGCUGCAUCCAGCAUGCAUCCGGCUAGGAUUAUCUUUGGUUUUUUUUUCACAAUAAUAAUAAACAAAAACUUUUACAAAAGGGAAGGAAACGGGACACCCGAAACGUUGUGUUGGUUGAUUGAUUUUGUGUGAUGUGAUUCCUUCUGUGGUGGAAUUUUGAAAUGAAAACGAUAAAUAUUGUACAGUGCUGUGUCAUUUGAACUACAAUCAACAUGUGAUUGAACUUUGUUGCUAAUUGGAUAAAAAUGGUAAUGGAAGAGAUGGCGCAAGGAUAAGUUUGACCAUCUAAUUGGAAAAAAAAACCUGGACUAGAUCUUGAAAACGUUAAUUUGAACUUGGAGCAAGUCGCUCAUGAUAAUUCGUAACGUACUACAACGCAAAAUAUCGAAAAGCACCUUAAUAAGAUCAGGCAAACCACACAUACAGACAUUCAAAACCGGCAUGCAGCAGACGUUAAGCAAGUGUCGUACAAUAGAACGUAAUAUACUUUUGCGUGGAGCUUCGGGCAUCUGUAGAAACACAUGCAUGAUAUUACAUUUACGAGUUAUAAGUAUUUUUUAAAGAAUAACAAAUUAUAAAAAAAACGAUCGUGGGUAUAAGGUACACGCGCACAACACAUACACAUCACAAACACCUAUACACAGCUACAAUCCCCAAUUGCAAGGAUUGCUUUCACGCGAAAAGCUCCUUGCGCGUGCGUGUUGGUGUACGGAUGCGUUGCGUUUUUGUUUUUGCUGACGAUGGAAGCCCUUUUUGGUUAGGUAGUUUAUUAUGAGCGGCAUCCUCCCCCCAAGGACGGUCUGGUGGGACAGCUCGAAAGCUGCACCAGACAUCCAGGCAGGCUGUCAGCUUGAUAAAUUAUUUGUUUAGGAUAGCGUUUAUCUCGUGUCUUUGUUAAGUUUUUCGGUGACAUUCAAUGGCCACCUUGUGUUUUCGCUCGUCGUCGUCGUCGUCGUUGUCGUCAUCGUGUUCGUCGUCAUCGUUGUCGUCGGUCGUUCGUGUUGGUACGCGCGGCACGCUGCACGCAUAAGCGCAUAUAUAGAGGUAUUACAUGUUUUCACUGCGUGUGGUAAAUAGGGAUUGCCCCCCCCCCCUCCCCCAAUGUUAUUUUUGUGUUUUGUGCAUUUCGCUCCUUUACUAACGCCAAUCGGGUGCAAUGCGAGCGACGCGUACGUAUCCUUUUGUAGCUGCAUCCGCAUUUUGUUCUGUCACUCUAGUAGCAGCAACCCACUGGAAGCGGUGUUUUGUUGCGAUAUACAAAACGCGUGGGAAGAAAAGCUCGCAAAAGAAAAUAAAUGAAGAGAAAGGAGAAGAAAGGCGUUAGAAGAGAGAGAAAGAGAGAGAAAAAAAACAAACAAACAAAAAACCCUAAACAGAAUAUAGCGCUAAAUUUUAAUUAAAAUUAACGUUACAAAUGGUAAAAGAAGAAAUAAAGAAAACCAGCCCAUACGAAAUGGUGGGUGGAAAUAGAAAUCUCUAACUUAGUGACAGAGAUGCUGAAAAUCUAUUGUUAGUCGAGAAUAUUUACUAGGAUACCGAUGAGUUAAUGGCAUAAGUGAAUCACAAAACAACACAUACACAAACACGCACACCUAUACACAACGACACAUCAGACACGCGUACAUCCCCAAAUACACAGAUGAUAAUGAAUAAAACCUUUCUAGUUAUAAAACAAAACAAACAGAGAAAGCCAUGUCGUUGAAUAAUAAAAGUAAAAGUAAUACACACAAAAAAGAGCAGAACAAAACAUCAAAGGAAUAGAAAACAGCUGAGCAAAUGAACUCGCGUACACAGCAUAACGAAACACCUUUCUUUGUGUUGCAAUACUUCACAACGCAAGCACACGCCUGAACCGUGUGGCGCUUUUCACCUAACAUUUCACCCCAUAAUCAACACACAAACGGCAUGCAUAAGGCGUGCAAACACAUAAAACAGAAAAAAAAUCUUAGUUGAAAUACCUGUCGCAGGGUAGUGUCGCUUUUCGAAGUCUGUUUAAAAAGAAAGAAAAGAAAAAAACCAAACACACAAACAAACACACAUAAACAGAUCACGCAAUACAAGCAAGAUUUGCAGCGAGAGAAUAAAAAAAGGGAAGAGAGCAAGCAAACAUCCAAUACCACAUUACUUAAUACUAUAAACUAUAAAACAAAAGAAGCCCAAUAAAAUUGCAACAAACAAAAAAAAAAAGAAUGAUAAAACCAACGUUAGACAAAAUUCGAGUAACAAAUGAAACAAAAAGAAGAAAAAAACAAAAGAAAACAAAAACAGAAAACAGAUAAAUGAGAAGAAAACAAUUCGAACGCUUUAAGCGGGUGGCGUUUGUACUGCAGCUUUCAGUUUCUUUCACACUCCGGACCAGGAGCCGGAAAAGGGGAAAAAUGGAGAGGUAAAAAAAGUAAAAGAAUAAACGGACAGAGCAAAAGAUUAGAAAGAAAAUAAAACUAAUACAACCUGCUACUCGAGUCGAAGACUUGAAUUGAAGAUCUAUUUAAGACAGACCACCCACCACAUUAAUAACACAAGAAGUAAUCGAAUUCGAGGACGAAAGCAAAAAGGAACGAAAGUAAACCUUAAACAAAAAAAAAAGAAACAAGCAUAAACAAUUGAGAGAACAAAGUAAACAUU